ACUCCCUCUCUUGUUUGCUCCUCUUCGCUCCUCCCCUGCCUCCCUUUCUCCCCUCGCUCUCCUUCUUUCUCCUUCUCCCACCUGUUGAAACAAUUGUUGCGCAGGCCUUAUUGUUUGUCUUAUUAUUUUAUGUCACUCGUGAGGGUCCCCGCCCCUUUCUACGCCAUGCUCCCUUCGCUCUGGGCCACUCCCCCUCAGUCUCUUUGCUGGGUAUAAAACUCAGGGAGGAUCAUGAGAAGUGGUAUUUAGCAGAGCCCCUCAGGAAGACUCAUUUCAACAAGAAGGGUCUACAGGGAUUUUAUUUACCUGCAAAACAAACACCUUCCUCAAGACACUAAAGGAGCCACAACUGAAACUCUGGGCUGCUUUUGCUUGUUAUAUCCUCUUGGACUUCCUAUUUUACAUCAAGUUGGGGAGAUGGACAGAAGCAUGUCUGUAUCUCUGUGGUGUGAGGAGGUGGAGGACGACCAGAGUCAGAACCAGGGCCAGCGUGAAGCAGGGGCCCGAGCACCGUCUCAGCUGCGAGCGGCCUGGGACCCCACAGUGUCGGGACAUCGGGUGAUCCAGAGGCUGCUUCACGUGGAGGAGCGGUACAUUCCCUCCAUGCUCUACAUCACCCUCAUCCAGCGGGAUCCGGAGCGAAGGGAGGAGCUCGCCAAGUGGGCUCUGGAGGUGUGCUGUGAGUGUGGUUGUGAUGAGACGGUUUUCCCCCUGUCCGUCUCUCUGAUGGACAGGUUCUUGUCUGCUUCUCUUUCCCUACCCGUCUCACCAUACUGCCUAGCUGCGGGCUGCAUCCUCAUCGCCUCCAAACUCAGCGAGUGUGACAGCGUCACAGCUGACACCCUCUGUGCAGCAGCUGAAUACAGCUUCCAGCCUUCAGACCUGAGGGAAAUGGAGCGCGUCAUCCUCGCGACCCUGCGAUGGGACACAGCAGCAGUGACUCCGCAGGACUUUCUCCCACAUUUUCUUGCCUCUGUGCAGGAGAGAGGAGAUUCUGAUGAGGAGCUGCUCUGCACCCUGAGGCGGCACAGCGACACGCUAGCCGCCAUGUGUGUCUGUGACUCCCGUUUUCUGGGAGCUCCACCAUCACUUGUUGCUGCAGCAUCUCUGAACUGUGCACUGCGAGGGCUGGGCAACAAGGGGCCCACCCAGCUGGCCCUCACGAGUGAAACACUGGCGGGGCUGUGCCAGACCGACCUGAUAGUGCUGCAGUGCUACAGUGAGAUGAUCGAAUAUGGCCUCCGACAGCGACUGAGAAGUGGGCUUCAGCAGCUCCCUACAGAGAAAGAUGAGGAGGUGGAGAGCGAAAGACCCGGAACACCAACUGACAUGAGAGAGAUUGAUUUCUAAACACUGGAUCAAGCCUUGCAUUGAAAGUUUGAAUCAAUCAUCAUAACCCUUCAUCAGUCAAACUGAUAUAAAUUUGAAUACGAUGUCACGAUGAAAAUGUUGUUACGCAUGUUUUUAUAUAUUUUUAAUUAUUAUAUUGAGUGACUGCUUAUUUAUUUUUGGCUUUAUUUAUUUUGGAAUAUUGUGUUUUCUAUGUGCCAUAUCUGAUUUUCUAUUUCUGUUAAUGUUAUUGUAGGCCUAGAUACAAUUUUGAUGAAUAAUAUUUAUACCUUUAAUUUAUUAUCACGUGCAAUUGUUGACUCCUUCAAUGUUAAUUUAUUUCAAUUUGCCAUAACUUUGUGUUUGUGUGCUGAAUUUAAUAUACAACAAAUCUAUUUUUCAAAGCUAUUAAAACCCUUUGUAUAUA